AGGAGGGGCUUGAGCGUGCGCAGAAGCGUACCAGAGUAUGUAGAUGUUCGCGCAGACACGUGAUCAGUUGCGCCGCCUCGCGCCGUGUGAUUGACAGAGGCAAGAGCCAGUCGACAGUGUGCGGCGCGUCGGGACUCAGCGUACGUCACUCAUCAUGGCCCUUGUUUGUUGUGUCGUUUGUGUCAUCCAACAGGAUCCUACGAUUAAGUGAGAUUUGUCCCAAUACUCGGGCUUCGCGAUCGGCUUGUGUUAUCGUCUUCUCGGUCCGCGUUUGUGUGCGCUGCGCUCCGCGUGGAUAUUUGUGUGUGUGGCACCUGGAGGGAUAAAUAUCUGUUGAUUGUGUGUUCUCUCCUGAAGUUACCAGAAAGCGGGACAGUCCGCUUCUGGUAGAAAAGUCGGAAAAAUCCUCACCGCGAAGAAUCCAAUGGCGCAACCCAGGUACGAUGACGGUAUCCACUCAUACAUGGACACGCCGCCUGGGGCCAUGUACGACCCUCACGCUGGCCAUCGCCCAUUGCAGGCCAUGGCCCACCACUCGCCUCACAUGAACCAUGCCACCAUGCACCAGUUCCACCCUGCCACCAACCAUGUCGCCCCCGCUGCCAACCACGUCAUGGGCGCCGUACCCGACGUCCAUAAAAGGGAUAAGGACUCCAUUUACGGCCACCCUCUGUUCCCGUUGCUGGCCCUCAUCUUUGAGAAGUGUGAGCUGGCGACGUGUACGCCGAGAGAACCUGGAGUAGCGGGCGGCGACGUCUGCUCCUCCGAGUCCUUCAACGAGGACAUCGCCGUCUUCUCGAAACAAAUUCGCCAAGAGAAGCCCUACUACAUCGCUGACCCCGAGGUCGACUCUCUGAUGGUUCAAGCGAUACAGGUCCUCCGGUUUCACCUAUUAGAAUUAGAAAAAGUUCAUGAACUGUGUGACAACUUCUGCCACCGGUACAUCAGCUGCCUCAAAGGCAAGAUGCCCAUCGACCUGGUCAUAGACGAGAGAGAGUCGUCCAAGCCCAUGGGCGAGCUAGGAGGUUCGACGAACGGCAACGACGGCAGAAGUAACGCCGACUCCACCUCACACACCGACGGCGCGAGUACGCCAGACGUGGGGUUCCCUCUGAAAAGGCCGCCCUCGUCAUCGUUGUCCUACGGCGGUCACGGCAACGACGACGUCAGGUCCCCCGGCUCCGGAGGUACCCCGGGCCCGUUGUCCCAACAACCAGGCUCACAACAGUCCCUCGACCAUGGAGACCCAGGUAAAUGGUGUCCACGGAGAGAGUGGUCGUCGCCCGCCGACGCCCGUGCCGCCACCGAGGCUGCCAGGAGAGGCGUCCUCUAUUCCUCCGUCUUCCUCGGCAGUCCUGGAGAAUAUAACUCUUGCGAUGCGAGUAAUGCCAGUAUCGGCAGCGGCGAGGGCACGGGCGAGGAGGAUGACGACACAGGAGGCAAGAAGAACCAGAAGAAACGAGGAAUCUUCCCCAAGGUGGCGACCAACAUCCUCAGGGCGUGGCUGUUCCAGCACUUAACGCAUCCCUACCCCUCGGAAGACCAAAAGAAACAGUUAGCACAAGACACCGGGCUGACGAUACUACAAGUAAACAAUUGGUUCAUCAACGCUCGGCGGCGGAUAGUACAGCCAAUGAUCGACCAGAGCAAUCGAGCUGUGUUUUCUCCGCACGCAGGACCCAGUGGGGCGUACUCCCCGGACGGUGCGAUGGCGGGGUACAUGAUGGACGGUCAGGCGCAGAUGAUGCAUCGAGGACCUGGGGACCCUGCGUUCCACAACGAGUACCACUACCCGCCCCAGUACUACGGCCACCAUCUGUAGUCCACUCCUGGUGUCUCGCUCUAGUGCGGUGGUGCUUUUAACUGUGUGAUAUAAACUAAGUUGGACUUCCGCCCCUCAACCUCCUCGCCUUCUGGCGUCUCUCAUGAUCUCUUGUGGCCGCGACAGACUUACGAGUGAGCUAGUGCCAGUGCAAUCGACCGAGGACCUUUUAUAAAGUGUAAUCGAUUCUAGAAAUAAAUUAACGCGUUUUUAAUAAAAUGUUUCAAUAUGUGUUAUAAUAUUGUACAGUGUAGCAAUGUGUAAUAUACAUUAAGUUUGUAAUAAGUUGUGUGUAUUUUUGUUGAUUUUCUGAAUGUAUCGCCGUACCGUCUAGUGGGCGUCCAGGGUAGAACUGAUACGUGUCUAGCCAGUGUUCUUGUUGUUUAUUUUUUAUUAUUAAUCACUGUUUUCACGUACAGUACGCACUCUGAGAGCCCGAGGUCGUGUCCGCCGGUGCCGAUGUCGCCGCCCGCCGCAAGCAAGCAGUUACUAUUCCUUAUUAUUUUUUACCUCGAAUUUCGAAGCGAAUUUAGCCGCCACUCUUGCUUAUUCGCGCUGUGCGUGCUAUACGGAGAAACUAAAUCACCAAUUAAUUAUUACUGAGCAACAAUUGGUCUACUGAGUGAUAAUCGUGAUCACAUUCAGUACUGAGUAAAAUAAAUCGCGAUAUUCCAUACAAAUACAAAUAUCUCUAAAAGACACCAAUAUCUGAGAUUGGUCUUAUUCGAAAUGUUAAACAAUUUAUUAAAGUAGCGUUAUCAACAUUAAACGUUUAUAGGUCUAGUAAGUCAAUAUAACUUUGAAGCGUUAAAGAAUAAAUUUCUCAGUGGUUGUUAAACAAAAUGAUAUGCAAAUUUAAUGAAUUACAGUAAUUGUCAAUGAAUGUUCCUGUCAUGAGCAGUGGCGUGGCGGCUCCUGUGUGUGUGAAUGUUCUGAGUGUAUUCUAGUCGCGCGGCUCGGCGAGAUCGGCCCAGCGAACACAUCCUCGUUAUACAUAUGUAAUAUAUAUAUAGUACUGUAGAACCGUGUUAUAAGACUUCCGGGUGAGUGAUUGAGACGAAUGCGACCCCUUGUGUUCAAGUCCUUGCUUACAGUCUUGUUCCUUUAAGCCGUGCGAGGUUCCGAAUUUAAAUUAUUACUAUAGUUAAUUUAUUCCGGAACGCGAUAGAUUGUAUUUAUGUUUCCUUACGAUAGGGUUCGCUCAUGGCUCCGCAUCACCAUUAUGUUGUUAUCUAGGUUUACGGCCUGUUUAAGAUAGUUUUAUCGUUCGCGAUGUCACGAUUAGGUUGUUAACGCUCUCGGUUUUGUUACUAGUUUUUGUUCGGUCUUUGAAACACGUUCGGGGAACUGACCCGAUUGAAAUAGACUGUUAAUCGAAAAAUAUUAAUUUUGUUGAACGAAAAGAGCGAGUGUGUCUAUUUCGAAUUCGCCGUGCAGGUUAUUUUAGAACCCGUUCUUGUAAGGAAACUACCGAUGUAUACAAACCACUUCCAAAAAUAAUCUUAUUAUUAAAUUAGAACUAAUGUACUGUAUACUAUUUGAAAUUAAAUAUUUUUGAAAGAUUCUACAGUUACGCUUACGAUUCUAUACGGAGUAUACGAUGAUGCCUACAAACGGUGCUUCACCGACCACCGACCUUACUACACAGAUGAUAUACGUAAGGGGGCAGCCCCACUUUGAUACACAUGUAUACAACAUUGUUACUUUAGCUCAGGUCCGGGUUUUGUUUGGCUCAGAGAGUGUAUUAGGUACAUUCAUUAUAGAUUCGAUUGUAAAGAUAUAUUUUGUCACUUGUAAUAAUUAAUUCUAAGUUUACCUAAGUAUACCGAUUGCAAAUGUUUAGGAUAGUGGAGAAUUUACGCUGAAUAUAUUGUAUACCAGUUUAGUGAUUGUAAGAAAACGUUGAUAUGUUAUCACUGUGUGAAAUUUCAAUUAUAUUUCACGAAAAUGUCUUUCACUUUAGACACGAGCCAAGCAAAACUCGACUGAAAAUAUUUUUUUGGACUAUCGCUGCUUUUAUUCAAGUAUUCUGUGAUGCCAGUACAGACAAAUAUAUUUAUAAUUUUAAGAUGGUACUUUUACUACAGAUUUACGAUAUAAUAUGAUGUUUUACACUGAUUUCAAUCAUAGGCAUUACUUUUUGUAAAUCACCUGAAUAUAGUUAAAUCUGAAAAUUAUAUGUUUUAGUUACCCGUCCAUUUUAAUUGUAUUUUAAUCUAUAUUUUUACCUUAACGUAACAAAAACUCAAUUGUUUUCUUACCAUCUUUCUGUCAUUUUAAUCAGGCUAACAUUAAACAAAUAUCACUUAUGGACGGCUUGAAAUUGUUACCUUAAUUUGUAACAAAGAAUUAUGUUUUUAAAAUUCUCCUUGCACUGCAAUAAACUGUAAAACGUUGUUUGUAAAGCGAACCUCAACUCUGGAAGUACCGAACAGCCACUCCUUAUUGUUUAUUAGUUGACGUUUAUAUAAAUAUUUUAUAGUUUUAUGAUCAGGAAUCACUUUGUUAUUGUCGAUAUGUUUAUUUGAGAGUUCGCUGGUUGAUAUAGCCAGAGUUGUUGUUCGCUAUCCAGAGCAAUAAUUCCAACUCCCAUCACCCAGAAUACCAGGGAGCUCUCCCGCCUUAACUCGUAUACGGUAAUUUCCCAACGAAAUGGAUUAUUUAUUUGCCUGAACCAAUUUGUGCUUGUGAAUUUGAACUGUUUAAAUGGUUAAGUAUUUGGUCCUUGUAAAUCUGAUACCACUUUUUGAAACGUGAGCAUUAAAUGCUAAAUAUCUUGUGUACAA